AUGAAGAGCAUCAAGGGGUCCGUAAUUUUGUUUGCUGCCUUUAUCGCUGCUCCUUUGAUUGCAGCAGGCAUUGAUAUUAGCAGCGAUGAAAGCAUCCUUUCCGAAUUCUCCACAAAUCCCAUUGGCAUUAGGGGACUAGCCAACAGGAUCAAACGAACUCCAGUGAUGCAGAGAACUCCAAAAACGAAAGCCCUUAGCAGAAGAUCUGAUUCCAAGAACAAUAAAAGGUCGAAUAUCAAGAUCAACAGAAAGCCUGAACCAGCCAACGCAAUGGACGAAACCACUCCCAACCAGGACACGACAUGUGCGUUGGAACCGACUGUCGUUGAUUCGACUAUCAUUGUCGAGUUUAGUGGCAACACUGGCGAACCCCUCCCCGAGACGGAAAGAGCCGCGCUCCAAAACGCUGUCCUCACCUCGUACAAUGAGCUGUUGGCGUCAGGCUGCGACUUUCCCUUCUUCCGAGAAGCCGUUGCUGUAACUAUUUUAAACGAGAGUGGUGGCGGCGCCAACAUUACCGCCCCGGCUCGAGCCUUGAAGGAAGACUCGCACUUCAGCAUUUCAAAUAGACGCGACUUGCGAAGGCUUUUUAAAAGACGUUUCACAUUCGGUGUAACGGUCCGAUGUAGAGGAGGAUGCCCUCCCGAAACAACGGCGUUUACAGGAAACAAAUCAGGCAAUACGACCGCACCAAAUCCCAAAGCGAGCAAGACGGCCGCACCUACUUCGGCACCUAAACAAACUUCCCCAAAUACUCAGUGCAGAUGCACCAUUGGCAUCGUGAUUCCUCCAGCAGAAACAGAUUUCACCGAGGUCUUUAUCGAAAAUGUUGCAGAUCUCCAAGAAAGCCGAGAACUACCAGCAGAGCUUGGACUACCGGACGCAACAAUUGAGCUCGAGCAACAAAGCUGUGAGGAGGAGUCGAUUUUUGAGUCAUUUGUUACGAUUGAUGUAAAUGGCGACCCAAGCAACUUCACCAGUGUAGAAAUCGACCUGAUGGAGGAAAUUUUUAUUCAGUCGUACAAUGAUCUCAACGCCGACAAUUGCGACCCCAAUUUUCUGAGGAUCCGGAAUGCUUCUUUUGUUUUACCGGACGAUCUCCCUGAAUUGCCUGGUGGCGGCACCCGAACACUCGCUAUACAACAUCGCCGCGAGCGUUUCCUAAGGAAAAUUGGGUUUCGAUUCACUGCUUCUUGCUUCGACUGCCGAGGUGAGAGUUCUGUCUUUACAGGGAAUAUUGGCUCUCGAUAUUUGGAAGAGUCGACGUCACUGGUUGUGGAUACGAGAAGGGGGCUUCAGGUGAAUGUGCUUGAAGACUGCUUCUGUCCUGCGUUUGGCGUGGUUAUUAAUCGGCCUCCAACAGUUGAAGAAUUCGAGGUAGCGUUUUCCGAGACAUUUGUAGAAGUUAAAACGGAAUCUGUGUUGUUUGAGGAUAUUGAAUCGAUCUCCAAUGUCACGGAAGACAACGAUGUCAUCCUGGACCCCUCCCAUGUUCCCACUACCGUACCGUCUCUGAUGCCGUCGACUGAACCCUCACUGAUGCCAUCUGUUGCACCGUCGAGCAAACCGUCAUCCCAUUUCCCCUCUUUAACGCCAUCGGCAAACCCAUCGAAAGCUCCCACGUUCGCCCCAACUCCAGGAUCGGCUCUUCCAUCAGGGCCCUCACUCGGGUAGGUUCUUCCUCCUUUGUGAUAUUUGCAGUGGCACUGCAGCUUAAUUUGGAAUGCAGGGCUACGGCGCCAUUGAAAGAAACGGAUUUCGAUGUCCCACAUUAUAUCUGUCCAAUGAAAAAGAGUGGAAGUUGACGUCCCGACAAUAAGGAACCCUGGGGUACUGUUAGGGAAUGACUUCAGACCCACGACUUGCGUGUUUUCUGUUUGGUCGCGGAUACGAUCCAUGCUGACGCUCAACGUUCGCAGUGCGGGACACCAACAAUUCCCACACCCAUCCAUCAAUUCCGAAAAACGAACCGCGCACGGCGCGUAAUAUCGAGAAAGAUACGGAUUACACUUU